CAAGAAAGUCCAGCUUCCUGUUUUCUUCACCAUCACCCAGGAAGGAAGUGAGAGUUUCUUACUUUUGUGAAAAUACCUCUCUGCCUAGUCGCUGUCGGCGUGACAAUCAGACGGCAAUCACAGCUGCUACUGAAUUUGUGUGCAGGAGAUUGUUCGUCUCAGACCCAGAUAAAGACCAUUUAUGAGGAGUAUCAAUCGUCAGAAAUCAUGUAGGCUGUGGCCACGAGGGAGCUGAUGAGAAAAGCAUGGAACAAAAGAGCGUUUCUGAUCAAACAGACGAGGUCUCUCGAGAGUCAGUUUCCUCCAUUCAGGCCGUGGUUCAUCAUUUUCACCCCAGCUACAGCGCGCAGACUGGAGGCAAUGUGGUCGCUCCCUCCAUCGUUGGUUCUAACGUUGGCAACAUAAACAUCAGCAUCUUCUCAACAGGCCAAGGGUCUAUCGUUUCAUCAGAAGAAGCGUUAAACCACGACGUUAAAGACAGCUGUGGCGCACUGCGAGCCCAAAAUGAUAGGAUCGCACAAUGUCAACAGAAACUGAAAGCUGCUCUGAAGAGGAGGUUCAGCCACCUGCUCGAGGGGAUGACAACAGAAGCAAACAGGAUAUCUCUCAAUCAGAUCUACACAGAGCUCUACAUCACUGAGGGAGGAAGCGGCGGAGUCAAUAAGGAGCACGAGGUGAGACAGAUUGAGACGACAUCCAGGAUGCACGUGGCUCAGGACAAAUCAAUCCACUGCAAUCACCUCUUCGUUCCUCCGCGGGGACGAGACUACCACAUCCGGACUGUGAUCACAAGGGGAGUCGCAGGCAUUGGCAAGACCGUAUCCGUCAGUAAGUUCACUCUCGACUGGGCUGAGGAGAGGGAAAACACCCACCUGAAAUUUGUGUUUCCUCUCUCUUUCCGAGAGCUGAACCUGAUGAGAAAGAAAACCUUCAGUCUAGUGGAGCUUCUCGCUGUCUUUUUCCCUGAGACAAAAGACACGGGAAUCUUCGCUAACGGUGAAAGCAAAAUGCUCUUCAUCCUGGAUGGUCUGGACGAGAGCCGCCUGUCUCUGGACUUCAACAAAAGUGAGAUAAUGUGUGAUGUGACACGGGAAACCACGGUUGCGGUGCUUCUGACCAACCUCAUCCGGGGAAGACUGCUUCCUUGUGCUCUUGUUUGGAUAACAUCUCGCCCGGUGGCGUCCGGUCAGAUCCCUCUGGAAUACAUUGAUCUUGUGACAGAGGUGCGAGGGUUCAACAACCCCCAGAAAGACGAGUACUUCAGGAGGAAAAUUAGUGACGAGAGCUUAGCAAACAGGGUAAUCGCACAUGUGAAAUCCUGCAGGAGUCUUCACAUCAUGUGCCACAUACCCGUCUUCUGCUGGAUGGCAGCGAGUGUUCUUGAGAAGAAGUUGGCGACGACAGACAGCGAGGACACGCCAAAGACCCUCACUCAAAUGUACAUACACUUCUUGUCCUUGUAUGUGGACAACAUGAAGAAGAGGCUGCCUGGAAGAAGAGAGUCAAACGCAGACUGCCUGAGAACUAACCUCAUCUCACUGGGUGAGCUGGCCUUCAGAGAGCUUGAGAAGGGCCACUUGAUCUUCUAUGAGAGCGACCUCAUCCUGAGCGGUAUAAAAGCGACGCAGGCGUCCAUGUUCUCAGGAGUCUACAUGCAGAUCUUCAAUGAGGAGCUGACGCUGUGCAAUGAGAAGAUGUUCUGCUUCGUGCAUCUGAGCGUCCAGGAAUUCUUCGCUGCGUUGUAUGUCUACCUGAAAUUCAACAACGAGAACUUAAACGUCUUGGUCAAGAAGUCGUCUGCUUCGAGACGCUUCCCGUUCAGAGAUUCAUCAGAGCUCAUCCUCUACAAGGAAGCAGUAGAAAAGGCUUUGCGAUGCGAAAAUGGACAUUUCGACAUCUUUCUGCGCUUCCUUUUGGGCUUGUCUCUGGAAUCCAAUCAGGUUCUUUUGAAGCAUCUGAUGACCAGCAACAAAACAAACCAAAGGACGAGAACAGAGAUCAUCAAGCACAUAAAGGAGAGGAUUAGAGCGAGUCCGUCCCCAGACAGAUGCCUCAAUCUCUUUCACUGCCUGAAUGAGCUGAAUGACCGCUCUCUCGUGGACGAGAUUCAGAGCUACCUGAGAUCGGGGAGUCUUGACAAAGCCAAGCUGUCGCCUGCCCAGUGGGCCACUCUGGUCUUUGUGCUGCUGACAUCAGAAGAAGAGCUGAGCGUGUUUGAGCUCAGCAACUACACCCGGUCAGAGGAAGGUCUUCUGAGGCUGCUGCCUGUCGUGAAAACCGCCCGAGUGGCAAACCUGAAUGCAUGUAAUCUCACUUUGACCUGCUGUGACAUGCUGGCGAACAGCAUCAGCUCAUCCCAACUUAGAGAGCUGGACCUGUGCAACAACAACCUGACGGAUGAAGGAAUAACACGGCUCUCUGGUGGACUGAAGAACAGCAAACUGGAGACACUCAGACUGAGGAGCUGCAACCUGACGGAGCACAGCUCUGAUGACCUGGCCUCAGUUCUCAGCUCAGUCUCCUGCCAGCUCAAAGUAUUGGACCUCUCCGACAAUGACGUUCAGGAUGUGGGAGUCAAGAAACUCUGUGGUGGACUGGGGAGUCCUCGCUGCAAACUUGAAAUACUCAUGUUGUCCCUGUGCAGGCUGACGGAAGAAAGCUGCACUUUCUUGGCAUCUACUUUGAACUCUUCUGGUCUGAAGGAGCUCGACCUGAGCUACAACCACCCAGGAAACUCAGGCCUGGAGCUGCUGUCUGCGCUGCAAGACGACCCACAAUGCAGCCUGCGGAAACUCAGUGUGGAACAGUGUGGUGAGUCCAGGAUUCAGCCAGGUCCAAGGAAAUAUACCAAAAAACUCACCCUGGACCCAAACACAGCACACAGAGACCUUUCUCUGUCGGAGGGAAACAGGAAGGCGACGCGUUGGACCAAGCAGCCAUAUGCUGAUCACCCAGAAAGGUUUGAUUACUGGACACAGGUGCUGUGCAGGGAGGGACUGACUGGGCGCUGCUACUGGGAGACAGAGUGGAGUGGGAGAGCUUUUGUAGGAGUGGCCUACAGAAGGAUGUGCAGGAAGGGAGAGGGUCACGACAGCUGGUUGGGCAAAAAUGACUCUUCCUGGGGCCUCAGCUGCAACAAAGAUGGCUACAAGACCUGGCACAAUGGCAUGAACACUGCCUUAAGGAGCCCACCAAGCUCCAAUAAAGUCGGAGUCUAUCUGGACUGGUCAACAGGGACGCUGUCCUUCUUCAGCGUCUCCUGCGGUGCGCUGACCCUCCUCCACACCUUCCACACCACCUUCACUGAGCCUGUCUACCCAGGGUUUUGGCUUGGCUGGGUGGACUCCACAGUGUACUUGUGCUAAUUAUUACCUGGACGUGGUGAACAGCUCCAUCGUUCUCUCCGCUGAACUUUUCACUGUGACAUACAGCAGUUUCUUUCCUCCUGCUCUUGAGCCUUAAACAUAAUUAAAGGGCAAAUUCACCCACCUAACAAAAUAUUGUGCAGGGAGUUUUGAUUUUUUUUUUUAAUUAAAAAUCAGCAUGUUAGCAUUGUCAUUGUGAGCAUAUCAGCAAGCAGAUGUUAGCUUUCGCUGCAGAUGCAACUGUUAGCAUGCUAACACACUUAACUGAGGUCGGAAAAAUCAGUGUAUUAGCAUGCACAUGUUAGCAUUGGCUGCAAGCAUGGCCAUAGAUGCAAAUGUUAGCAUGCUAACACACUAAUCUAAGAUGGUAAACAGCAGAAUGCUAGCAGUGUCAUUUUGAGCAUACUAGCAAGCAGAUGUUAGCACUGGCUUCAGAUGCAGCUGUUAGCAUGCUAACACACUAAACUAAGGUAGGAAACAUCAGCGUAUUGGCAUGCACGUGUUAGCAUUGGCUGUAAGCAUGGCCGAAGAUGCAAAUGUUAGCAUGCUAACAGACUAAACUAAAAUGGUUAACAUCAGCGUGUUAGCAUUGUCAUUGUGAGCAUAUCAGCUUGCAGAUUCUUAUUUUAAAGAACUCAAGAAAUAGCUAAUGAACUUAACAGUGCUCUCUGGUGGACACUGAAAAAAUCAUAUUAAAAUAAUUAACACCAGCUGUCCUCUGAACGACCCACAGGACAAACGCUGAGCACCACAAAAUUCCAACUAUCAUUAUUAUUUGUGCGGAAGCAGAAAUUGGGACCGUAUACCUCGAAACAUGAAUUUAGGAAACCAGAUCUAUCUGCAUGGCUGAUGCUAAGAGGAAGUGAAAAGAAAAGUUUUGAAAAAUACUGAGGAAAAACUGCAUAUUUCGUGAUCUAGACACCACGUGUGACAAUAUGAAUAAUGUAUUUUGAUGAAGUUUAAAACAUGUGUAUGUAGAAUGUGUAGUAAAGCUUUUCAUCAGUGAAGGUAUAUAUUAAAAAUCCCCAAACCACCAGAGAAAAGAGAAGCCCCAAUGUGGAAUUUCACUUUCAACAAUCAUUUUAUUAGCAGUCCCAAGAGGCAAUGAAAAAAAAAAAAAAAAACAACAAAUCAAAGAAAAAAUAAGGAACAGAAAUUAGGAUUACAGUCAAAGA